CUGGAGACAAAGUGUGACAGAAAGAAUCAUAGAAGGGAGAAAGAAGGAAAGGAAAAAAGAAAUGGAGAAAGUGGUGGCGGAAGCGGAGGAGCUGCCGAAGGCUAUCGUGCGACGGGUGGUGAAGGAUAAGCUUUCCCAGUGCCACAAGGGCGACGGCGACCUAAUCGUUCACAAAGAAGCGAUCCUAGCAUUCUCCGAAAGCUCCCGGAUCUUCAUCCACUACCUUUCCGCCACAGCAAAUGACAUAUGCAGGGAAAAGAAGAGGCAGACGAUCAGCGGCGACGACGUGUUGAAGGCGCUGGAAGAGAUCGAGUUUCCUGAGUUCAUCAAGCCUCUUGAAGACCUAAGGCCGAAGAAUCCCGGGAAGGGUGCAGGAAAGAAUGAAGGAAAGAAUGCGACGAAGAAUGCAGGAAGAAGUGGAGGAAAGAAUGCAGGAAAAAAUGCGGGAACGUCAAAAACAAAGGAAGUGAAGAAGAAGAGGAAAUUGGAAGAAUCAUCGUCGCGGAAGCAAGGCGGAAAGGAUGAGGACAACCAAGAUGAGGAUGGCAGUGGUGAUGAAUGAGUAAGCAGGCAAAGAAUACACAUAUUCUGCUAGUUUUCGUGUUAUUCGUUUUCUUCUUUGUUUGCUUCUCCAUCAAAAUCUAUAACUGCCCAUUUUAUUUUCGAACAAUCAGCAAUUUGGUCAUCCUUCAGAAUCUUCAUAUUUUGACCCUUCGAAUGCGAAUUAAGAUGAAAAUUGCUUCU